AUGUCGACGGACGGGCGGUGCGUCAUCGACGGCUCCGCUUCGGACCGCCGUCCACUUUUGAUAAGAUACCCGAAUCCUUUCAUUUUUACAGCGAGUCGGAUUCGCUCAAAAAUGAUGGCUGACCUCGUCGUAGCUGUUUUUGAAUAACGAAAAUUCCUUUUCGAAUCUCAUUCUUCAACUUUUGACAAUAUUACAAAGCUCAGAAGAAGAAAAGAUUUGAAAAAUUUCAAGUUUUUAAAAACCACAACAAGUACUUUUGGAAAACUAACGACUUGUAAAAGACUUAUUUAAAUUUCCACAUUCUUCUUUUGAAAAAAUGAAAUUUUUCAAAACUGAAGUCUUCGACGUAACGGUCCAGUGUGUUCGAAUUUCCUCUGAAAACUUUUUUUCUUCAGAAGUUGUUCAAGAUGUUUUUUUCUGUGAAGAUAACGGAUACACAAAAAAAGCAGUAAAAACGCGAGGAACGUGCAAAAAAAUUGUGGGAAAUAUCUGUUGAAUUUCUGUCGUCUACCACUAAACGACUGAAAAAUAACUUAUGAAAGUGGUAGACAAUACAUAGAAAGAAAAUUGUAUGUAGUUAAUUUACCGAACGCGAGACUGAGAUUUCAGAGAAGUCUUUCUAAUAUUUAAACAAUAGUAAAUGGAGACAAAUUUUUCGGAAAAAAGUUUGGUUGUCUUAGAAACGCUAAAAGCGAAAAAAAAAAUUAGAGACCAACCUCAUAAAACGCGGCGGCAAAGUCAGAUUGCCUAAUUGGGUUACGGUAGGCGGCGAUUCGAACUGGAACAAUCAACUCGGGCAGUGCGCUACUUUCGCAUUGAGGGACAAUUACUGAUUGCAAAGGUUGAAGCUACUCCGAAAUCGCGAAAAAUAGAGAGAAAGUCAAUUUUUUCGAAUAUUGAGUUUUUUGUUUAAAGAAUUUGACUUUAAGAUUUAAAAAAAGGUUACUAUUGAAGGACAGUCUAGACUUCGGCACCACAGACAAAUUUUUUUCAAAAAUGAAAAUGAUUCAAAACUGAUGUAAUUGAAAAAAAAAACAGUGAACAAAGUUUUACAAAAAGUUUGAAAAUGAAGCCUCCACUCGUUAUGAAGCAUACUUUUUUGUACGAAAACUUUUUCUCAUCUGUCCCUGAGAAAAAUAUGUGAAUAUGGAAAUGUACAAUACAACUCUAUUCGAACUCUUUAAGGAUAAUCUCUGUUCAAAAUCCUAAGGGGUACUGGGCAAAAAUUCUUGCAUGUCCUAAGAUAAUGUAUAAAACGACUUUUCCGCUUUUCAAAAAUUUUUUCUUUUUUUUUUCAAACGUAAGAAUUGAGAACAGAUUUUACUAUCCAGUAUAGCUUAACGCAAAAUUCCUAAAAGCAGUUUUGGGCAAAAGAGUUGGAAAAGACGGUCGACCGGCACUCGACGGUCUAACCGACGGAGCCUAAUCGCAAACAUCACGGAUGAGCCACUCAAUCGAGGGCCCGCCACGCGGCUGCAAAUUGUCGAGAAUUAGAAAACAACAGUACCACAAAAAAAUACUCAAAAAUUCUUUAAUACAUUCAUGAGCUCCGUUUUGCUACUUAUCCUCUUACCGAAGAGCCUUUCAGUUGGUUAUUCCAGACAAAAUUUUUCUUUUAAAUAUUCUCAUAAUUUUAAUUGAGUUUUAGAUCGAAAUUGCCUCUCAUUAAUGAAAAAUCACACACCAGUUCGUUUCUUUAGGCAAUAAUUUUGAUUUGGUAGGAUACUAGAUUGAAAAAGAUUUAGAAUGAAAUUACGAAAGGAAGGUGAGAGUGGGUACAGUUAAUUUUUGAAAAUAAGGCAGUUUCAUAUUGAAACAUAAAAGGGAACGAAAGCUUUUUGGAAAAAACAAUCUUGGCAUGAAGUUGGAGCAAACAGAGUGAAAAUUAAAACUGAACGGAAGAACUGAGCCUUAUGUUCCGUACUGUCAGAAUGGAGACGUCUUCGUCCGACGGAUGGGCGGGUCAGCCGGCGUCACGCAAUCUUCUCAGCCGCGCACUCCCUACAAGGCCUUCUCUCAGGUGAUUGCGGCGAGUAGAUAA